AUGACGGUGGCACACAUCCUGGAUUCGACAGCCGCCUCGCCUCAGCAGCUUUACAUCGCGCGGAGGGCGUUGAGAUCCUCCUACAGCGGCAGCGGCGGUGCCACCUUUCCCGUAGUUGCGCUGGACUCGGUGAAGUCGGAGAAGAGCGGAGAGGCCUUGGCCACGCCGUUCCUGGAUCCGCAGAGGGAGCCCUCGUCGGGCUCAAAGGCCUCCUCGAAUAAGCAGGAGCUACUCAAAUGA